AGAGCGGGCCGGAGCGGGGCAGCGGGGAUGGCGGAGGCGCUGUGGCUGACGCCGGCCGCCCGCCUGGCGCCGGGCCACGUGUACCGCAUGGCGGGGGCGCUGGGCGCCGAGCUGCAGCGCCUGUCGGGCCGCUUCGGGGCGGAGGCGGUGUGCGGGCUGGUGCCGCAGGUGGUCCGGCUGCUGGAGCUGCUCGAGGCGCUGGUGGGCCCGGCCGAGCCGCAGCCCGAGGCGGAGUCGGAGGCCGGGGCGGGCGGCGGGCCGGAGCCGGGCGCGGAGCCGGCGCUGCGGGCCCGCCUGGCCGCGCUGCAGGACGAGAGCCGGGAGCUGCGGGCGCGGCUGGCCCGGAGCCGGGCGCACGAGGACAGCACCGUGCGCCAGGAGCGGGACGUGAUGCUGCGCUUGAAGGAGGUGGUGGACAAGCAGCGGGACGAGCUUCGCGCCCAGGCCCACGAGAUCCUGUGCAGGAGCCGGGACACGGAAGCGCUGCAGGAGCAGCUGACCCGCUUCAUGUCCAUGAACGAGGACCUGCGCAACAAGCUGGCCGUGACCCAGGCCCAGCUCCGGGCCGCGCUGGAGAAGAACGGCGACGCAGAGACCGCCGCGCCGCCCAGCCGGCGGGAGCAGGAACGGCCGGCCAGCACCGUGCCUGCCGUGGACGCCCCCGGGCCCAGCGCGGCUGGGGUCACCGUGCCUGGGGAGGAGCUGCAGCCGCCCGGCCGAGCCACCAGCUCUGCUGACAGGGGCUUCUCCAAGGAGGAGCUGCAGCAGAUCCUGCAGGAGCGGAACGAACUCAAGACCAGCCUCUUCCUGGUGCGGGAGGAGCUGGCCUACUACCAGCGGGAGGUGCUGAACCAAGAGCACGUCCCUGGGCUGCUGCUGGACGCGAUGAAAUCUGUUGUCAAGAGGCAGAGGAAGAAAAUCCGAGCCAAGAUGCUGGGGACAGUGGACGAGCCAGCGAGCAGCGCUGAGGGACCACCCUGCCCUGCCGCGCCGCGCCGCUCCCGGACGGGCCUGCCCCAGCCUGCAGGUGGACUUCGUAAGCUGCCCACAGCUGGCGCUGCGCUGCCCGGCUCGCCAAGGAACUCUGCUCAGCUUGUCGCCCCCGCCCCACCAUGGGGCCACGCUGCUGGACACGGCUCAUCACCGCCACGGGGCAUGGCCCCGCGGGGGGAGGCUGCGGCAGCCCCAAGCGCCGUGCAGCGCUGGCCACGUGCAGACCCCUGCCCCAGCUGUCGGAGGCACCGGGCGGGCGCCACUGAGGACAGCAGUGACGGGCUCCCAGGACAGUGGGAUCCAUGGGCGGUGCUGGCAGGUCUGCAGGGAAGGGCUUGCUCGCGCUUGCUGCUUGAGGACUGUUUGUGCGGGGGCCAGGACCCCGGCGUGCUCUCCGCUGCACGCGUGGGGCUGCAUGCGCUCGGGGCUGCACGCACUGUGGGGCGCGGGGUGGGGUUGUCUGGUGUGCAUGUUGCUGGCUUUUAAGUGCCUAAUAAAGGGGCCCAGCUUUUCUACAAGGCUUCUCUCCUGCUACUGCUUCCUGCGGGGCGGGGAGGGGAAGGGAGCAAUCCACCUGUCAAGGGCGAGGGACCAGCACCCCCUCCCAGGGCUCCUGUUUCUGGCCCCCUGCACUGGGCAGGUGGAGGCAAAGCCUUGCCUGGGAGGCAGCCACGUUGUCUGGCAGGUGGGCAGCCCUCUAGAGCUGGCACGGCAGGCCUGGACAGCCCGGAGGGCAUUGUCUCGGGGCCCCAUCCCGGUGCGGCUGCAGCUCUCCAGCAGCCCCCUGCCCUGGCUGCGUGACCUCCCCAGCUCAGGCAAGCUGCAUGCUGCAGGAGCUGAGUGCUUGGGAAUGAUGUGGGCACCCUGCCCAGCUCUCCUGUGCAGGGGGUCUCCGCACGCUGCCGCCACCCCCUGCCCUGCCCUGUCCUGCCCUGCUAGCCAAGCAGCCCUCAGCCUGCAGUCGGGCAGGGUGCUCUGACACCCCUGACUCCUGUGAUCUGGGCUUGUGCUCCCAGGGGCUGCAGCUGCCUCGGCCCCUGCCCCUAUGGCUCUGUCCCUCCUGGCCAUGGGGAGCGCCUUGUUCUUUAUCUGCCAGCUGCUCGGGCUUUGCCUUCCCCAGCCCCCUCCUGGGCAUCCCAGGCUGGCUGCACUGACCAGACGCUGGGGCAAGAGCCACUUGUGGCUGCGGUGCAGCAAAGGGCGGGCGAGCUCCUCACCCUGGUGACCCAAGUGCCGAGGCUGGCGCCCGUCUCGGGCAAGCAGCCAGGCUUGUGCCUUGGCCCCGACGAGGCUGUCCUACAGCCGGGUCCUUGCAUAGGCUCUUCCCCAUGCCUAAAGCUAUCUUGGCUGCAGCUCUUGAGCAUAGCUGCCUUCCUCCCUGGGCCUGGCCCUGAGGCCUUGCCAGGCCCUGCCAGCACAGGCCCCACGCCCCGGGCACAUGCAUUGUGUUCGGCCCCUGCCCUGCAGCGUCUGCAACACAGGUCUCCGUGCAGGGACGGUGCCCUCGGGCAGGGCUGGAGCCUGUCCGUGCGGGGGCUGCCAUGCAGGAACCUCUGGGGACAGGCUCUGCCACCAGCGAGGGAGUGCCCAUGGUUCUUGAGGGCUUUCCCUGCCCCCCGGCAUGGACAGACAGUAAAUGACUGGUCCCUGGAGCCAUGUCAGCUGGUUGGAGACGGGCAGGGGCACUGCUUGGGGAGGACUGGGCAGUGGGAGAGCCCUGGCUGCACGAGCUCUCACCCGGGUCGUGGGAAUGUCCCUUGCACUCCGUGGAUCGGCCCUGGGCCGAAAGGGCACGUGCACGCAUGUGCCUGGCUUGCAGUAGCACGUGCUGGGCAGUGGGAAGAGCAGCACGCGUGCCCAGCUAGUGGCAGGAAGGGAGCCUGGGGGCACAUCUGCUGACUGAGAUGCGGGUGCUCCCUGGUCACGAGGAUCGUGGGGCUCGGCACUGCCUCCAGAUGUGGCGGGGAAGCCCGUCGCUGCGGAGAGGGCUGCGACCCCAGGGGCCAUUUCUAGCUCUGCGACCAUGGCGGCCGCUCCAUGCCCCGGGACAGGAGGCAGGAGCCCAGUGGCCGCAGUCUCUUCCCUGCUCGGGGUCUUGGCCCCAGGUCUGACUUCUCCUUUGCA